CUGCUGGGGGUAACAGACUUACAGCAAAAUUAUUCUACAGCAGUGCACAGAGCAGUUUUUAAAUCCCAGUUCCUGAGUGCCAUUGAUCACAAUAUGAGACUGAACCCCAAAAUGCAGGGAGGUCAGAGCCCAGCUGUUGCUGAAUUUAACUUGCUCCUGAAAGCAUAUUCUUUAGAAACUUAUGGUGUUGAUCCUCAUCCUUGCAAGGACUCAACGGGGAUGACUACAUUUUUAGGAUUCACAGCUGCAGGAUUUGUAGUUUUCCAGGGGAAUAAAAGAAUUCAUUUGUUAAAAUGGUGUGAUGUCUAUAAACUGAAAUUUGAAGGGAAGACUUUUUAUGUGUUUGGAGCUCAGAAAGAGAAAAAGGCUGUGCUGUCAUUCCAUACCUCUACACCAGCAGCCUGCAAGCAUCUUUGGAAAUGUGGGGUGGAGAACCAGGCUUUUUACAAGUAUGCAAAAUCCAGUCAGAUCAAGACCAUGUCCAGCAGCAAGAUAUUUUUUAAAGGCAGUAGAUUUCGAUAUAGUGGAAAAGUAGCCAAAGAGGUUGUGGAGGCAAGCUCUAAAAUCCAGAGAGAACCUCCUGAAGUUCACAGAACCAGCAUUACCCAGAGUCGCAGCUCUCCAUCCUUGAACAAGCAACUCAUAAUCAACAUGGAACCUUUACAGCCUCUCCUUCCUUCUCCAUGUGAGGAGGAAGAGGUUCCUUUAGGUGAAGGUAUCCAACUGCCAAGGGAAGAUGAGAUUUCAGUACCUGUGACUUCAAGCUCCCCAGUUAAGGACACUGGGGAGAAUGUUGAUCUUGCCAUUGAACAGGAAGAGAAGAUGAAAGAGGAACCUUUAACCAUCUCAGAACUGGUAUACAAUCCUAGUGCCAGCUUGCUGCCUACCCCUGUUGAUGAUGAGAUUGACAUGCUCUUUGAUACCUGUCCAAGAGUAGAGAAUGAGAAAGAUGAUACAGAUUCAUUUGAGGAACUGGAAGCAGAUGAAAAUGCAUUUUUGAUUGCAGAGGAGGAAGAACUGAAAGAAGCUCGGAGAGCGCUUAGGUGGAGCUAUGACUUUCUAAUGGGCAACAUAGAGGUGAAUGCCUUUGUGAAGAGUUUCUCCAGACUUCUCCUUGUAGGCCUUGGACUGUUGUUGUUUGUGUUCCCUCUUCUCCUUGUUCUCUUGGAGUCGGACCUUCAAAUCUCUUUUCUCCAUGAAAUCCGUCAGACGCCGGAGUUUCAGCAGUUUCAUAUUGAGUAUUAUUGCCCCCUUAGGCAGUGGGUGGCUUGCAAAAUAAACUUCAUUCGUGACAUGCUGGGCAGCUUUUAA